AUGCUUCUGGGGUUUCGGAGAGGCCGCAAGGCCCAGUUCAGACACAUCGCCCAUGGCAUCCUCCCUGCAGCCAGCAUCGCUCCCAAGCCCGCCGUGCCCCGCACGCCUCCUCCCCGCAGCCCCAACCCGUCUCCAGAGAGACCAAGGUCUGCUCUAGCUGCAGCCAUCCUGGCAACGACGUUAACAGGCCGGACCGUUGCCAUUCCUCAGCCUCGCCAAAGAUCUCGGUCGGAGAGUGACACAACCGAUGUGGAAAGAGAUAGCUUCAUCGAGCCCUAUGCCACCACCUCAGAGCUGGGACUUCGACCAAAUUGGCAGAGUGAGCUGGGGAGAAGAACUUCUUUGCCAUCCUUUGAAACCUUGGGCUACGGGGAAGAAGAGGACGAGGCAACCCAGCCAUCAUCCAGCAGCAAGGAGUUGGGGGAUGUCCGGGCCCAGAGAGAAGAGGGAGGGUGCGGUGACGAUGUGUAUGCUGAGCCACAGAGAAAUCAGGUGUCUUUCAUGUUCCAAAUAGACAGCGAGGAUGAUGAAAACAUUUCUGAUCAAGAUGGGUCUCCAGGCUCACCUCUCACACCACAACCAAAAGAUAAUAAACACUCUGUUCUGAAUUUAAAGGAUGAAAAACCGCCGCUAUGUAAAAAACCUCCACCAUCCCCAGAUAUAACUGGCAGAGCACUUCAAAGAUUUACAGAAAUAACCAAAGAAAAGUUUGAAGAAUUAAAAGAGGAAAAUUUGCAUCUGAACAAUACAAAUCAAACCCUUAUCCUUGAAUUGAACAUAAUGAAACAAGCCAUGAAAGAACUACAGUUAAAACGGAAGAGAAUGGAAAAAGAGAAGGGAAGGCUGAAGGAGGCUGAGAAGACGGCAGCACAGGAAGUUGCUACUCCUGAAUUGCUUUAUUUACGAAAACAAGCUCAAGAACUGGUGGAUGAAAAUGAUGGGCUGAAAAUGACUGUCCAUCGUCUGAACGUAGAACUGAGUCGCUAUCAGUCAAAAUUCAGACAUUUGUCCAAGGAAGAGAGUUUAAAUAUUGAAGGCCUCCCGUCAAAGGGCCCUGUACCACCCUGGUUGUUGGAUAUAAAAUACCUGUCACGGCUGCUACUGGCUUACGAAGAUACGAUGAAAGAGAAAGAAGAGCUCAAUGCCACCCUCAAGGAGGAAAUGAGAAUGUUUAGGAUGCGAGUCCAAGAAGUGGUGAAAGAAAAUGAAGAAUUGCACCAACAGUUAAAUAAGAGUAGUCCUGUGACCACUGAAGAAUGGCAUAAGCUUCAGACUCAGGCAAAACUGGUUUUGGAGGAAAACAAGUUAUUGAUAGAGCAGCUGGAGAUUCAGCAAACAAAAGCUGAGGACGCCCACCAGGAGCAUCUCCGAGAAGUUUCUAAGCUGACUAAACAACUAAUGCUCCUGGAGGGUAAAACUCAGGGCCAGGAAAAGGAGCUGACAGCAAAUAAGGAAGAGCUGGAGAUUUUGCAUGCCAAAUACCAAGAACUCAAAACACACUUGGAUGGCAAAAUUGCGAUCAAAGUUCACAAUUCAAUUGUAAAUGAAUUAAAAAGCGAGUUACAGAAGGAAGAAGAAAAAGAAAGGACUGAAUUGGAAGAGUUGGUGGAAAAGCUGACAGUCCUGCAAGUGCAGAAACAGAGUCUGCUUUUAGAGAAGAACAACUUGGUUGCCAGAAACAAAGCACUGGAAGCUGAACUUGAAAGGGCACAGAAAAUAAAUAGGAGAUCUCAAAAGAAAAUUGAUGUCCUCAAAAAGCAGGUGGAAAAAGCUGUGGGGAACGAAAUGUCUGCUCACCAGUACCUGGCAAACCUCGUUGGCCUGACAGAGAAUAUAACCCAGGAACGUGACAGUCUUAUAUAUUUGACGAAAUGUUUACAAAGUGAGAAGUCUGAAGUUCUCAACAAAAUCCUAAAAAACAAUAUUCUCUAUGGAAAGUUAGAGCAGAAAGUCAAGGGCUUUAAGAAACUUGCAGCUCUGAAGCUGGGUGACAUCAGUCACCGUCUGAUGGAGCAGCAGGAGGACUUCGCAGGCAAGACGGCUCAGUACCAGCAGGAGAUGCGGUACCUCCAUCGGAUGCUGAAGGACAAGCAGGACGUCCUGGAGGAGGCACUGCAGCAGAACAGGAAAGUUGAGGGAAAAAGAGAACAGUCCUUUACCUUUCAUUAA